UUCGGUAGCAUGGGACUUGGAAAGUCACCAUCGAGGCACACCGGGAGAGGGGGGAUGAAUCUAUAGAUGCCCUGGAUAUUGCGGCAGUGUCAGGAGUACCUCUCUUAGCAUUGGUGAUCAGUCUCAGCCCUGCGUCCAUCCCAGGAAACACAUGGGUGCAAGAACGCACAGCCACCCCGCACCUCAUCGUGGCGGGGGAGUCAUCCGUACGGGUCACCGCUCUUGCGUAAACUUAGAACAAAUCUCACAUCAGAACAUCUCAAAGACAACACUUACUGAACCUAGAGAGGUGAUCAUGGCCAGGGCUGGGGGGGCAAGGAAUCGGGGCCAAUACUGUCCCGCAUGGGGGGUUUUUUUUCUGACUGCAGUGUGGCUCAGUCAUACGGAGAGAGGUAAGAUUGGCAUGUUUUGGCAUGUUUUGCCUAGUAAAUCUCGCAGGGCUUGGCAUGAACGGAGAAGAGGGAAACAGUGGGAAACAGUGAAUUCAUGGUGGGGCUCGUCCCCAGCAAUUCACAGGAAGAGCCAGGAAGGCCAGAAGGAUCCGACUGCGCCUGCUCAGCCCUGUAGUGCCGUAGUAGUGCCAGAUCAGCUUAUCAAGUGGCCAAAUCUUCCACUAUAAAAGCCUAAGGUGCCCCUCGUUCCCAUCAUCCGUCUUUCAUCAUACUAUCCCACUUGCCUCCUUCCUCCGACUUACAAGUCAGAUAACAACACUUACAUCACACAUCCAUAUCAAUUUACCCCUCUUCGUCUCUCUCACACACACACACAUACACACAUUAUGUCCGGCUACGAUCAGUACAACCAGGGUCAGGGCGGCUACUACGGCCACCAGCAGGGGCUAUGGACAGC